AUGGACAUUUCUCUGCUGACGGCGAACGCGAACCAGCUGCGGCUGCUCAUUACCUACAACCAGGGUUCCAAGACGUACGUUGCGUGCAUCACGUUCGUGAUCAUGUCGCUGGUACUGCAAAUGAUGGUCGCCAUUACGAUGAUCGUAGUUUCGCUCACCAAACCCCAACGUGAUGAUCCGAAACGGCAGCGCGUCAAGAUCGUAACGUCGAUCGGUGUAGCCAUCAUUACGAUGAUCAACAUCCUUGUAGCAUCGCUGGUUGUUGCGGAACAACCACCCAAUGCUAUCGUGGCCUCUUCCGGCAGCGUGGUCGGUCUGCUUACCAACGUGAACAUAACGGAUAGCGCUCUUGGUGGAACGUAG